CAGGCACAUGAUACUGCAGAGCUUCAAAAAAUCAGAAGUAAAAUCAGCUGGACGGUUGCCUCCUGCCCUCCUAAAUAGGGAGAAAGCGGGUUUACUGAUGUGGAUGCCUGCCUCAUUUGCUUCACCAAAAUGAGAUAGGGCAUGCAGGAGAGAAGGGAGAUUUUUGCAAGUAGAACCUACCAUGAUUUCUCAGGGGACAAAAUUUUGCUUAUUCAUACCUUCUACUGUGGCAAAAAUGGAUUAUUUUCCUCACCAAAAGCCAGCAGCAUAACACCCAUCCGACAUAUGCCUCAAGGAACUCUUCUUUAAAGUCUGUUAUGGAUGCCUUCUAGCCAACCCGCGAGUCCUGCUGCUGCUGCAUGUCUGGCAGCAUCUCUGAAUGAUCUCAUGACUCUUGAUAUGGAUGCAGUCCUGUCAGACUUUGUUCGGUCCACGGGGGCAGAACCGGGUCUGGCAAGAGACUUACUGGAAGGCAAAAAUUGGGACUUGACAGCAGCUUUGAGCGACUAUGAGCAGCUCCGGCAGGUACACACGGCCAACCUGCCACAGGUCUUCAACGAGGGCAAAUACUACAAGCAGCAGGAGCCGGAGCAGCCUCCCCAGGUGACAAAGGCUGAGCGGCCCUGCCUGCAAAGGCAGGAUGACAUUGCUCAAGAAAAGCGUCUCUCCAGAGGCAUUUCUCACGCCAGCUCAGCCAUAGUCUCCCUGGCCCGAUCCCAUGUAGCAAACGAGUGCAGCAAUGAGCAGUUCCCUUUGGAGAUGCCCAUCUACACAUUCCAGCUACCAGACCUUAGCGUGUACAGCGAAGAUUUCCGAAGCUUCAUUGAACGUGACUUAAUUGAGCAGGCAACAAUGGUUGCUUUGGAGCAAGCAGGACGACUAAAUUGGUGGUCCACAGUGUGCACAAGCUGCAAACGUCUUCUUCCCUUGGCUACAACAGGUGAUGGAAACUGCCUCUUGCAUGCUGCAUCUUUAGGGAUGUGGGGAUUUCACGACCGGGACCUUGUUUUACGUAAAGCACUCUAUACAAUGAUGAGAAGUGGAGCUGAAAGGGAAGCACUGAAACGAAGAUGGAGAUGGCAACAGACCCAGCAGAAUAAGGAGUCAGGUUUAGUGUAUACAGAAGAAGAAUGGGAACGGGAGUGGAACGAACUGCUUAAACUGGCAUCAAGUGAGCCACGUACACAUUUCAGCAAAAAUGGAGGCACCGGUGGUGGAGUUGAUAAUGCAGAAGAUCCAGUGUAUGAGAGCUUGGAAGAGUUCCACGUUUUUGUCUUAGCCCAUAUUUUGAGAAGACCAAUUGUUGUAGUAGCAGACACAAUGUUACGAGACUCAGGGGGAGAAGCGUUUGCACCUAUACCAUUUGGAGGAAUUUAUUUGCCACUUGAAGUUCUACCCAACAGAUGCCAUUGCUCACCUCUUGUGCUAGCCUACGAUCAGGCCCAUUUCUCUGCUCUGGUUUCCAUGGAACAAAAAGAUCAACAGAGAGAACAAGCGGUGAUCCCCCUGACUGACUCUGAACACAAGUUACUGCCUUUGCACUUUGCGGUGGAUCCUGGGAAAGACUGGGAGUGGGGAAAAGACGACAACGAUAACACCAAGCUGGCCAAUUUGAUUCUGUCUCUUGAGGCAAAGCUUAAUCUCCUGCACAGCUAUAUGAAUGUAACGUGGAUACGCAUACCGUCUGAGACACGGCAGGCCCCUUUGGCUCAACCCGAAUCCCCUACAGCUUCAGCCGGGGAAGAUGUUCAGUCUCUGGCUGACUCAAUGGACUCAGACCGAGAUUCCAUCUGUAGUAAUUCCAACGGCAAUAAUGGCAAAAACAGUAAAGAAAAAGAAAAGGACAAACAGAGGAAAGAUAAAGACAAAAACAGGACGGAUUCAGUUGCCAAUAAAAUAGGAAGCCUCAGUAAAACCCUGGGAAUUAAACUGAAAAAGAAUAUGGGUGGUCUCGGAGGCCUGGUGCAUGGCAAAAUGAGCAGAGCCAAUUCAGGGAAUGGGAAAAAUGGUGAUGCAGUAGAGAAAGUCAAAGAGAAAAAGUCGAAGUCUCGAAAAGGCAGCAAAGAGGAAUCCGGACAGUCUGCGAGCACUUCUCCAUCUGAGAAGACCACUCCAUCUCCGACUGACAGAGCCAGCAACUCGCCCGUUGAAAAGGUGAACACUAAAUCCUUCCCUGACAAGCAGUCUGACCCAUGGAAGUACAGCACUGACGUGAAACUCAGCCUCAAUAUUCUGAGAGCUGCCAUGCAGGGGGAACGGAAGUUUAUUUUUGCUGGCCUUCUUUUGACCAGUCAUAGGCAUCAGUUCCACGAGGAGAUGAUAGGCUAUUACCUGACCAGUGCACAGGAGCGUUUCAAUGCAGAACAGGAACAGAAAAGAAAGGAUGCUGAGAAAAAGGCUGCACUGAAUGGGCCAUCUAAUGGGUCAUCUAAUAGGAAACUGGAGCCAGAAGCAUAUUCAAAAGAAAAAUUAGAAACAUCUCCUCAGGAUAGGGCAUCACCCGUCUUGCCUCAAAGCCAUACGACUCAACUGGUUUUAAAAUUUAAAGAUCGCACUAGUCCCACUCCUGGGUCAUUUUCUUCGCCUACUAAUGGUGCUAAGAAAAGUGGACCCAUCCCGGUAUCUGCCCACUAUAGCCAUACGCCACCCGUUCAAAGGCAAAGCGUCAUCCAUUUGCAUGAUGUCAACUCCAAGCCAUCGAGCUUCCAAGACGAUACCUACAAGCCAGUGGUUGGCACCUUAAAAACCUGUGCCACCUAUCCCCAACAAAACAGAUCGCUGUCUUCUCAGAGCUAUAGCCCAGCCCGGAUAUCCGGUAUCCGUACGGUGAACACAGUGGAAUCGCUGAGCUAUGCCAUGCCCACGGAACACAAGUCUCAGACAUACACAAAUGGAUUCAAUACUGGAGAUAUCAGAGACUGCUUAGAAUAUGCUGAUGAGGAUGCUCCUCAGACCUGGUUGAACAAUGAUAAAAAUCAAGGCAGAAGCACAGUUUGCCCAAUAUAUUCCAUCCAGCAGAACCGCUGUAAGAAGGAGAACUGUUCCUUUUAUGGUCGUCCUGAGACUGAAAAUUACUGUUCAUACUGCUACAAAGAAGAGUUAAAACGCAGGGAGAGAGAAAGCAAGGGACACCGGCAUUGAGGAUUCUUCCGUGACUACUUAGUUUUACCAUUUUCUUACUUACAAAGUAAACAGUGUUGAAUUGCAGUAAAAGGAAUCCUUAAAAAAAGAAUAAAGGAUUGAUGAGUCAAUAGUGUCUAGCUUUUCGCUUUUCCGGGGCAAUGAGGAAAUAACAGGAUUAAUUUAUCAUAAAAAAAAAAUAUUAUUUUCCAUUUUGUCAGUGUCUUUUUUACAUAUACUGGUAAGCUGAAGGGUUGUUUACUCCUUUGUCAGUGCUGUGUAUAUGUUUGGUCAAAAAUUUACUAAUGGUGCCUGAAUUUACACUGACAUCACUCAGGUAGUAGAACGAUAGGGGAAAGUCAUAAUACCGGAGAUGUGGUGUUGUAGUAGGGUAGUAUCUGCCUUGUAGACAUUUGAGAAUCUAUAGCUAUUAUGAGAGUAUUUUUUCCUCAGUAAAACCUAAAUUUUUCAUAGCCUUUUUUUUUCAUGAGGGUAGUGAUUUUGCGUACUGCACAUUUCUAACAUGGCAGCAUUACUACUAAUGUUUGUACUCAUUUUAGUCUGAAGUUGAAUGAUGCUGAGAAAAUGGGAGUGAAAGAUCUCAAUUCAUGAGGGCUGUAGCUCUUCCUAAUUUAAAAUUCUUACCAGUUAUUUCUACAUUUCCAUAAAACGGUAGACAAGCCACUUUUAUUUGUACUGAAUUUUUACACUGGUUUUAUAAAAAAUACAUAAUGACUGGCAAGACUUCAUAUCACAAAAACCACCACAUAGGUUAGUUUUGGGCACCUGAAUUUCAAUAUUAUUUUCAUUGCUGUUAAAAUUGAGAGAAAUGUGAAAAUAAAUUAUAAAAAUUGUAUUAGAUUUGGAAAAUUUUACGACCAGCUAGGAAAUUUAGGAUCAUUUUAGAGCUGAAUGAACUGCUUGUCAAAGCAAAUGUAUUGCAUCGAUUCCCUUUGCUGUUGCAUUAAUUUAAUAAUAAUUUAUUUAUUCUUUUCUUAGCAUUACCAGUUGAUAGUUGUUGCAAACAUAACUACUUGUGAGCCUUUCUUGAAGGCUGCUGGCUCCACCUAUUUCUGACUCUUCUAGAGUGAGUUAUGUACCUACCAAGAGGUUCCCAAGCGGCUAUAAAAUACCUCCAGUCUGAAUGGCAACUCCUAGCACAGAUUUGCACAAGUCUGAUAUCCAAAUACUUAUGUAACUAGUUGCAAUAGUUUUGAAAAUAAAACUUGACUCAUAGAAACAUUUCUGUAAAGCAGACACAGCAAAUACUGUUGAAGGAGAUGUAUGGCAUUAGGAGGUUUUCAUGAAUAUAGUGCUUGCCAGUUUUGCACCCCUCUGCCAUCAACUGGCAUGAUGUAUUAAGAGUAGAUCUUUAGUGCUUUAGCGUUGUUACACUUAUAAGCAACAGCUCAUUUACUGUCUACCUUCUUUUUUUUUUUUUCUUUUUUUUUAAGAGCUCAUUUUCCACAAAUAGGUGAAGAAUAACCUUCAAGACCACUUACUCUGCCAGUUAAAGGUGCAGAAAAUGAUUUCUGCCUUAUUCGUUAUGGAAUAGCACUUUUCUGGCCUGCACAGGGAAGAUUCUUUGCCAAAGAGUCUUUGUUCCUGAUUCUUUUCUGCCGUACCCCGAUUUUUAUUCUUGACAUGGUGGCAGCAUUUCACUUGCCUGCAGUUCAUCCUUGUUAGCCCUGAAACUGAGCUUAAAGGAGCCCGUGAAACAAGAUACAGAAACCUAUGCUGAUGUGUACUGGCUUUCAGGAAAAGCACAUAAGUUUUUGCUAAUAUCCCACUGAAAUUUGUGGGACUGAGCACAUACUCUAAAUUGAUAAUAGGUUUUCUGCUGAACGCGAGGUUUAAAGAAUAGUUUCAAAAAUAAAUCUGUUGGCCACUCCUAGAAAGUCAUGGCCUUUGCCGUGUUAGCUGUUCCAUGAAUCCGCACCCGUACUUUGUAUUUCGUGCUGUAUUCUGAGCAUACACUGAAUGGUACUGAAUUUGCAUUCCUUCAUUAAAGGUAAGGACUGGUAUGCGUAAUGAGAGGUUAAAACUCCAUGUCACCUCUGUCCUGAAGGUAAGCACAUUCUAAACCCCCUGUCUCCAGCUGUGUACCCUGGUCAGCAGUGUCCUUUUUUGGUUAACUCUUGUGAUUACAUGUAAGUUCUUAUUGCCAAAGAAAUCUGUGAUUGCAGAUUAUGCUAAACCAAGCCAGAUCAAUUUAAAACAAAUUAAAUAUCAUACUUGAUUGUAUUUGUUGUCGAGGCUGAGAAAACUGACAGGACAAAACUUCAUGAAAAAAAUAAAUAUUUAAGAAUUCUUAGAGCAUUAGAGUAGCAGUAGCAUUUGAUACUCUGAGAAUUGCUUCUAUGUAAAAUUGUGCUUAAGAAAUAUUACAUCAGCAGCAAAGUACACCAGCCCAUGUAUUUAAGUCAGUUGUAUCCUUUCUAAAUGAGGAAAAAAAUGACAGCACAUAUGUAAAAAUAAGCAAUUAGCAUAAGAAUUUGCUGUUUCCCCUUUUUCAAAAGAGUUGUUUCUAGUUUAUGUUUUUAAGAUCUACAACUUGAAAGAGUUUUACAGCUGGUCAAUAUUUAGACAAAUUGUUCUAUUUUAAAUUAUUGAAUAGAUUGUACCUGUAUGUUAGAUUAAUUUGAAUAAUUAAUUAAUUGUAUUUGGAUAAUUAUAGGCUUGACUGUAUGGAAUAACAAACUUCAGUGUUCAGCGUUAUCCUCAAGUCACUCAGAUAUUUCCAUAAAUAGUUGCCACUACUGGAUUGCUCAUUUUAAAAUAUCUGUUACAUGAAACACGUUUCAGUUGUACCUGCUGCAUGCCUACAAGGCAAUUUGCCAGUUAAAAUCUACCCAUCUUUUCCUACUAGUUGUCCUUUUUUUCUGAGCUAUUUGUGGCAGUUGUCUGAAGGGGAUACCGUAGUUGGUAUUAACAGCCCAGACAUACAGAUGGAAUGCCUCCUCCUGGAGAAGUGACUGUCCUAUUAAAAGAAGAGUCUAGAUAUAAGAGGAAAUUUUCUACUUUUUUUUUUUUUUUCAAAGAGAAUUGCAAACUGCUCAUGAGUUGCGUUCACUAGCACUGAAAGAAAUUAUGUCGUUCCUUAGGUAGGUGUGAGAGGGAAUAAUCUUCAACUGUGAGUUUCUGUUGCCCUAGAUGGCUAACCUUUGACUGCUCUUCUCGCUCAUUUUUCCUUACAUUGGAAGCUCAUGUAGCCACAGGCCAGCAAGUCCUUUCUUGUGCCUGAUCUGCCGUCUCUGUACCUUUCAGAGCUCAUUAGAGUUAUUACUUAGUCCCAGUUGUACAGAAAUCGUUUUGGGAGGACUGUGUUAAUUUCUUCUGUUAACUCAAGUGGCUGAAAAACACAUACAUAUUUUUGCAUUUGCUUUUUUCCCCUCUCUUCUUGAUAGUGAUUCAACAAUUACCACUGUUGUCCCGAUUUCAAAAGUACAGACUAAAUCCUGGGUAGGCUAGGCCUUCCUCACAUAGAUCCCAAAUCACCAGGAGAUAUUUAGGUUGGAGGAAGCUGGGAUGUUUUAAUGUGUGAAUGUGCAAUUUUUCUAAUUUAAAAAAGGCUUAAACCUAUUAUGCAAUUUUUUUAUGUUGUUCAUAAACUCUGAUACAAAGGUCUGUUCGUAACAGAGGAGGCCUGUAAUACAUAAUGGGUUUCAGUCACACUUUAUAUUAAAGUUCCAUUUUAAAUGCUUUAUAAAGAGUUGUUAAACUAUUGCUAGACUUUACAAGUAUUUUUUCAGAUGUGGGUGUCAGUUGUAGCACAUGGCUAACAAGCAGCUCAUUCAGAAAAAGGUGGUGUAGAUUAUCAAAAGUAAUUUAAGAUACUUUGGAUUUUAAAACAAUUGAUUAACCUUUUGUCAUUAUGGUUCAUUGAGUUUUAUAAAUGCAAUGGAAAUAUAGUGUGUGACCAGUUUUUUUAGCCAUUAGUUUCUUCUUCCUAAGUCAAAGGUAACCUUAAAGGGAUCAGUGAAAGAAAGAUGCUGUACUUGGAGAGGUUUGUGUUGCUUGUUUCUUAAGAAAUCUAAAUAGGCCAAGUGAAGUCUCCAGAGUUGUCUUUUUUAAAUUGCAAAGCUGGUGAUGUGAGCAGUAUGACUCGAUACAGACAGCAUUGAGGAGGGAAGCUUUUUGUGGAUUUGCACAGUUGGACUGCAGAUCGAAUCAGUCUGAGGCAAUACCAGUCCUUGCACAUACAGGCAGAUUCAGGGUUAUCUACUCCUCGUGUGAUGAAUGUGUAGAUAUCAAAAAAAUGCACAGCACAGAUCUGACAAAUACUGCCCUCUCACUCUCUGACUCUGCAAACAGUUACACUGGUGCUCAACUUCACUAAUAUCAAUAGUCUCCCUGACAUCAAGGAGACUACUUGUUUUCAGAAACUUAACACAACUGUUAAGAAAAAGUAUAAAAGUUUGUGGGAUGGAGGCCUGAGCCUUUAGCCAGUGUUUGUUCCCCUCAGGCUGCCUGACCUCACUCUUCCAAGAGGAGAACUGAUGAGAAUUUUGCCUGAGGAGCAGAGAGCCUCUGUGGGCUAGAUCUGCUGUCCUGAAACCUGCGGGCAGAAUCCCAUUAGUAAUUAGUAAUGGGGCCUUAAACCGGGUGCUUCAUGGACACACAGAACCCUGGCAGGCUGGAGGUGAAAGGAAAGCACGGGCAAGUGAAGGGAGUAAGGUCUCAUAGCACUGAGAAUGUUUUGCACAGGUGAAACCCCGUGUGUUAAUAGAAACCACAAUAAUCUCAAAUAAACAUAGGUCCAGAGAAGCAAAAUAACUGAUGCUGAUUGUAGAUGGCUUUUCAGCUUAGUGUAUUUUAAGUCUCUGUCAGUGUAUUUGAAGAGUAUUUGUUUUAGGGUAUGGCAGCUUACGCAGAGGAUCACCAAACAGUAUAUAGCAUAGAAUUUAAAUUAUUUCAGUAACAGACACUAGUAUCUAUUUUAAUUUGCACAUUAAUUUCCAGUGUAUAUGACUAAAAUACUAUAUUGUUAAAAAUGAGAGGAAAACAACACAAAGGUGUUUGUAAGUAUGUUCUGUUUGUAGAUUUAAGGCUGUAUUAUGUUGGAAUUUUACAAGCCAAGUUUAAAUUGUAAUAUAGAAAUUAUUUUUAUAUUAUUUUGAAAAUAUGCUACAGAGCAAUAUUUUGCGCCUUUAUUAUAAACAGGGUCAUCAUUUUAGUAGGUUACCUUCAGAAAUGCUGGUAGAUAUUAACCAUGAAAAGAAAGCUUUGUAAAUGUACUUGUUGUUUCUAACUGCUCCGUCUGUUGUGCAGAUCUGUAUCUAAUGCGAGUUGAAUAUACAAAUUUUUUUUAAUUGAAAAGCUUUAAAUUUUUCUUUAUAUAUUUUGGUACAACACUAUCCCUCUCUAUUUAAUUCUACUCUUCUUUCCAGUCCCUACCAAUAGCUACUUUUAUAAGCAGCUUCUGAAUAAACACUCAUCUGGAAAGUUUUCUUACCAAAUGAAACAUUUCCGUACAGAUAUUGAUUGACUUGGGACAUUCAUAAGACACCCUGAAUCCAUUGGAGUAAUACUACUUUGCUUUUUUUUAAAAAAAAAAAUAAUAAAUCAGAGACUUAUUAUUCCUUCAAAAUGAAAAUCAAGAAUGAAUAACCAGUGCAAUCAUUUAGCAUCUGUGGGAAGAGAAUCACUCUAGAUCAUAGAAAUGUCAUCCUUUAACUGGCAGAUACAUUGUGUUUUAAUAUAUAUCAAAUAUGCAUUAGCUUCUUGCAGAUUCAAUUGUUCAGAUUUUAUUUCUUCAUAGUUCAUUGUACUAUACAUAUCAAUUACUGAUGAACCAUGCAAAAAAGACUUUGCAAACUAAUGCAUAUGUUAAGUCAGGAGUCUCUGUAGUUUUUGAAAUUCCAUAACUUCUGUGGUUCAGUUUGUUGGGGUUUGUUUAUUUGUUCCAGAAUUACUAUUAAAGUAUGUACUGCAACCAAAAUUAUCAAAUCUGGACGCCUAAUGUUAAGAUUCUGCAUCCAGGUUUCUCCUAAUAAAUCGACUGGUUUUAAGAUGUACUGAGCAUCAAUUUCUGUGGGAGCAAAAGCUCUUUCUUGGUUUCAGAACAAUCAAGCGAGCGUUACUCCAACACAUAUUCAGGGCUCUUCUUGAUUAGUCUAUGCUUCUUUUCAGUCAAUGGAAUUUCCAUUUUCUCUUUAGUGAUUUUUCCAUCUGUGAACAAAUAAUUGGGCUUAUUCAUAAAGUGAUUGCUUGAAUAUGGAGAGACUUGCCUUGUACCAAAACACCAUAUAAUUGUUUUACUGUUGCAUUCUUAAUGGGGCUAGUGUAUGCCACUGAUUUUGGGGGGAUUGAGACUUUUUCAUGGAUAUCAUGAUCAUUCUGUUUUGUUUGGGUUUGUUUUUUUUCCUCUCAAGUGAGUAUACUGUUCUGAUUGCUGUUUUAUCUCCCAUUUACCUGAAUGCACGUACUGUACCAAGAGAAUUGAAAUGGCUGAUGCACAUUUGCACUGUGGAACAUGUGAUAUGGGUAAAAGCCACCGUGUUCCAAACAGCCUUAAAAUUACGACUCUCUGGGGACUGAGAGUCACUUAACUGGAUGCAGCCUCUGUCCCGCUUCCUCGUUUAACCAUGACUGUAAAAUACUCCAGCCUGCUGUAAGUCUACCUAACUGCAUGCCCAGCCAUCUGAAUAACCUCUAAUCCUAAAAAAUUUUACUUUAAAAAAUUGUAAUUCUUCGCUCAGUGUCAGCGUGUCAGGAAACCAUUGUCAAUAGAGGAAAUAGGGGUAGAACUAGAGAGAGAGCGGUAGGUACUAGAGUAACCAUGGCACCAAAAUACUAAAAAGAGGUAAAACAGUUAAGAUGUAUCAAAAACUAUUUCCUGUCAAGACUGGGAGCUUUUUAGAUCUUCCUGUAUUCUGGGGAGACAGAGAAAUGUUGUUUUGCCAUUCAUCUCUGCAUCUAAUGUAGCCUCUUACUCUGUUGCAGAGUUUGCCAUUGGGGAAGAAGGGAGAGAAAAAUGGCAAGUUUUCUUAAAUAAAGCAAAUUUUACUUGAGUGGCAGAAUCAUCUGAGAUGGCAGAAAUGUGAUCCAGUGUUAGAACUGAACAGUGCCUGACUCCUGUGUGCUGGAUGUGUAUCUCCUUUUCAUUUUGCCCCUCUCCAAUGCUGUUUAAACAAACCAUAGGGGAAGUGUAAGCUGGUAUGACAGUGACCCAGUUCUUCCUUUGUUCACAUGCAAAAUCAAUGUAAAUACGAAAGUGGAUUUACACUGGAGUUACACUUUCGCUCUCAUGCCAACUGGGAGGUAAAAGCCACAUUUUUAGGUAAAUCCCAUGUAACUUCUUUGCCACAGAAUAACAUUAGAACCCUUGGGACAGCACCUUUGCCUGAUGAAGGCUGGCAGUCCAUCAGGAGCUGGGAGCCAUGGCCAGCCCCAGCCAACACAGAGCAAGCCUGGCCACUCUUGCCUUUAAAACAGACACAGUUCACCCUGGCCCCGUGGUGUCUAAACAGUAUCUUUGCAGUCAAGAUGAAGUGGAACACUGCCUUGUUGUCAUUGCCUCCAGGUUUAAGUAACACGAAGCCUCUUCCCCAUGUUUUUGGUUAAAAUACCCAGGAGAUGUGGCAGCAGAACAUGGCAUCUUGGGCUCAGAGAAUGCCCUGCAUCUCCUUGUAACGGGCUUGCAAUCAGGUAUGAAUUGAAACACAGCCAUGCAGGCGUGGUAGACGCGCUCUCGUCUUGAAACUUUGCAAAUUGUGUGCACUUAUGUUUUAAUACUAACAAAAAUUAAGCAAUGAUUUUAUUUUUUAUUUGCUCAAGAUUCUGAGUACUGUAAAUAUGGUCUUUGUAUAAUGCACACAGUGCAUGUACAGUACAAAAAAUGCUUUUCCCUUGGAGCUGCUCAAGGAGCUUUGCAUGCACAUAUCAAUCUCUGCUCAUUCACCACAAACCAAGGAGAACAAGCGGGAUCUAAGCUGAGAUUAAACAAUGAAGGGAAUUAGGCACAUAGACCUAAGGGGCUAGGAGUUCCCAAACACAGUAUUCCAGGCCCGCUCUGAUAGUUUUGUAUAAAACUCUGUCCCAAUGAUCUGGAUUAGGUUUGUUCUCUUUCCUGGGGAGGAGCAAUUACUUCUGUCUCUUUUCCAAGCCCAUUGCUCUUACCGUGCUCGCUCCUUGUUGCGUUUGGAAUGUCAGUCUUACCAGGAUUCAGCUGUGAAGCAGUUUUUCAAACCUGCAUAAAGAUCUUGUUUUCUUAUUGGAGCCCUUCUAGAGCUUUAUUUUGCAUUCAAUUUUAAGAUAUAAAAUACUGUUAUAAACUUUUCAUAAUGCCUUGAAGUUGACUGUUGUGUGGCUGAAAGACUUUGUUCUCCUUGGAAGUCCUCAUUCUUCCUCAUUGAUUCUUGUGACUAACAUUCUUGUAUGGAAAAAGUUGAAUGAAACAUUGAAAAUAUCAAUGCUGUUUACAUGUAUUUCUGCCAUUCGGUGUAUUUUACCUUUUUUUGUUACAGAAUCCUGUGUUGUUAAAACCCAAUGCCUCUCAGAUUAGGGCAAAUCUUGAAGGACAGUCUGAAUUAUUAUACACAAAAGGUAUAUGUAGCUAAUUGAUUAGAACUUUCCUAUUACUAUUGUAUAAUGUGCGCUCCCCAAAUUGUUGGUACAUCUUUUUUGCUACUGCUAAUAUUUUUCGUGUUCUCUUUCCUUAGACAAACUCUAAAGCUCUUUGUCCUUAAAGCCUGUGGUAGAUUUUCCAAUAAAGAAGAUUUUACUUCCUCAGUUCAGUUUGCAUAUAGAGUGGCUUGUCUCCCCAAACAAGAAUUAAAAUAACACAGAUGCCACACCCUUAGUUUACAGAAGUUCAUUUACUCAUUAACUGAGGGUCUCUUUUCAAUUAUAACCAAAGCUAAUUAUACAAAGUUUAAAAAAAUCAGGACAGGUAAUGUGACUCUUUCUAAUAACCUAGCAAACUCAGCAUUUUUGAAACCGUAGAAAUGUACAAUAAAUGUAUUUGUACUUGAAGUCCAUAUUUCAAAGAAAUAUAGUAGUUGGCUCUCACCGGGGCUUAAGUAAAUGUUAAUACGGAAUAAAGCAAGUCUCACUGAUUUUUGUUGGCUAAGAAUUCAACUUCUUGGUAGUCAUACCAUCCUUCUCAUUUUUCAGAGUCUGAGUUUCUUGUUGUCUUCUAUAAAUUUAUACUAUUUUAGAAAAGAUUGAUUUAGGAUUUAAAUAAACAAUAUAACAAAUAUAUCAGAAAUUUAUUUAAAACUGAAGUGACUUUUCAGGUUUCUCUGUAUUUGACCAUUUUCAUGCAAAACUUUUAUCCCGUAUGAAAGGAGUGAAUUUAUCUUUUCCCAUUGCCUUCCCUGUUCAUUAUUUAAGGAUGUGAUUGGUUGUAGUCACUUGUCUGCAAACAAAACAGUUCAUCAUUUUUAAGCUUACUACCAUAUCAUGUUUAAAUCCAUCAUUCAAAAGAAAUGAGCAUUAAUUAACAUUAGAAGAUAAUGAGUAUUUUUUGUUGUGAAAAGUGUGAGUUCUUGAGAACCUUUUCUACAUGCAGUUUUCAUUCAAAUUCAAUUAAAAUGUCAUUUUUAAUCUGAUCCAUACUUUGACAAAGAUGAUGUGUAAGAGCUGUUUUUAGCAGUGGGAUUGUUACUUUGUAAAGUAUUAAAGCACUAAACCAAUUUUUGCAAUAGGUAGUAAAACUUGCUUUUGUUUUGAAAAAACUUCCAGUUAUAACUGUCGCACUUUUUAUAGCAGAACUGUAUUUAAUUUCUUUCUUUUAUGAAAGAUUAUUCAAAGUAACUGAUAGCUCUGUAAUCUGUGUGAAUUGGCUUCUCCAUUAUUUGAAAGGGAGAGAAGCUAUAAUGCCUAUUCAAUAAAAUUAACUUAUUUCUAAAGUA